CUCUCAGGCUCGUUCAGUUCACCUUUUCUGCAGCUCUGAUCCACACACACAAAGCCAUGACUAAGGUUGCAGUGGUAACCGGCAGUAACAAGGGCAUAGGUCUGGCCAUUGUUCGUGCCCUGUGCAAACAAUAUGAGGGCGAGGUCUACCUCACAGCCAGAGACACGGGCCGGGGUGAAGAAGCGGUGAAGACUUUGAACGCUGAAGGACUAAAGCCCAAGUUUCAGCAGCUGGACAUCAAUGAUCUGAACAGCAUCACCAGGGCAGCAGCCUUCUUCAAAGACAAGUAUGGAGGGGUGGAUGUUCUGAUCAACAAUGCUGCCAUUGCUUUCAAAGAGGCAGAUACCACUCCUUUCGCUGUCCAGGCCGAGGUAACUCUUCAGACUAACUUCUUUGCAACCAGAGACAUGUUAACCCACUUCAUGCCGCUCAUCAAACCAGGAGGUAGAGUGGUGAAUGUCUCCAGCUUUGUUGGCGUUAACACCUUGAAGAAGUGCAGUGAAGCACUCCAGGCACGAUUCCGUAGUGAGGACAUCACAGAGGAUGAGCUGGUGGGGCUAAUGAAGAGGUUUGUGGAGAAAACUAAAACUGGCCAGCAUAAAGAGGAUGGCUGGCCUGAGACGGCGUAUGGAGUGUCCAAGACCGGACUGACGACAUUAUCCAUGAUUUUGGCACGUCGGCUAUCCAAGGAGAGGCCACAUGAUAAUAUCUUGCUGAAUGCAUGCUGUCCAGGCUGGGUGCGCACGGACAUGGCAGGUGACAAAGCUCCAAAGAGUCCAGAUGAGGGCGCCGUCACCCCCGUCUACCUGGCACUGUUACCCCCUGGAGCCAAAGAGCCCCAUGGGUGCUUUGUGUCUGAGAAGAAGGUUCAGCCUUGGUGAAGUUUUUCAGAGAAGAUCAGAGAAGGAAGAGUAAAUCAUAAGAGAAGUUUUUCUCUAUGUACUUAUACAACGAAUAGCAAUUUAGCUACAUAAUAAAGUACAUAGAUGCACAAGUGCAGAACCUAUGUAGCAACUUGAAAUAUUUCAAUGAAUCCAACUGAUGAAACUGCUUGUGUGACCAUUGUGUAAUGUCUCUCAAAAUAAUUGUAUUUAAUUUUUUUUAGAAAUUCAAAGGAAAACAUGUCGUCCUUCUCAACUGAAACCAAAUAAACCUUUUCCUUGAGUUGUAA